UUAUAACACAAUAUAUUUUCGAAGGAACUGCCGUCUUUUUGCAAACAUUUUAUUUUUGGCAAAACAGACGAAAAUGAAUGUCAACCAUUCUGCCACAAAUAUCCAUGUGUAAAUUAUACGUACAAAAUGCAUAGUGAAGUUAAACAGUCAACGAAAUACCUUUGACAAUUGCUGUUGUCAGAUUUGAAAAUACACAAUGUGGCACGAAGCAAGAAGACAGGAGAAGAAAAUCCGAGGAUUGAUGGUUGAUUACAAGAAGCGUGCACAAAGACGCAGGGAGUUUUAUGAAAAAAUUAAAGCUGAUCCAGCCCAGUUUGUGCGUGUGUUUGGGCAGACAUGUAAAAUAAACCUGGACCCAGCCAUCUCCAUAGCCGCAGAGAGCCCGCAAACUAUGAUGCCAUGGCAGGAUGAUAAGAGCAACAUGAUAGACAGGUUUGACGUGCGAGCCCAUCUGGAUAUUAUGCCUCCCGAGAAGUCCUACCCAAUCAAGUUGACAAAAGAUGAGGAAAAAGAGGAUCGGAAGGCCAACUACGAGCGAUACAGAAUCCUGGUGGAAAAUGAGUGUGGGGGAUUGUCUGAGGAGCAGGCCCUACACCAGCUGUAUCUGGAUGAACAGUUUGGGGCCAUCAGCAAGGACGGGGAAGAAGAGAAAAACAAGUUGAAAGAUAAGAAGGCAGCUAUUGGCUACACGUACGAUGACAGUACGGAGGGUCCAUCUAAAGACAAGGGCAGCGAUGAGUCCGAGAGCGAAGAAGAGGAUAUUGAGACUUUUGACCUAGAUGUGGUGUUGGAUGUGGACACCCUGACAGACGAACAGAUUGGGGAGCUGAACUUGUGUGGUAUUCAGUUUGGAAUGGGAAAGAAAGAUUACGUCAAGUACCUGCGAAGGGACAAGGAUGAACAAGAAGCCAUCAGAGAGGCCAAACAGUUAGAGGAAGAAAAGGCUCAGUUCGCUGGUCGGAAGUCUCGCAGGGAGCGACGAAUGUUCAAGGAGAAGCGCCUUGCUGGAAGAAAACUCAGCCCACCCAGUUAUGCAGCCAGAAGCAGCCCGAAAUAUGAGCCGUACAGAAGGUCGACGUCCCGUUCUCGAUCUCGGUCCCACAGCCCGCCCCGUAGGCGACGGAAGAAGUACAUCACAAGCUUCGGCGGGAAUGAGAGUGAUGAGGGUGAGGGGGUGGUUCAGGGCCCUGCCCUACCCCCUGGCUUCGGCGCUCAGUCAGAUAGUACGAACACAAAGCCAGACGCUUCAUGUGAGUCUAAAGCCAGACCAGAGACACUGAGACAGCGAUUAAGAAAGUCACUCACACCAGAGGGCUCUGUCUCACCUAGGACGAAGGACAUUGAGUAUCUUUCAAAAACUUCACGGUCAAGGUCACGAGACAGGAAAUCUGGGCGCUCCAGGUCAGAUGACAGGAAAUCUGGUAGGUCAAGGUCACCUAGGAGUUCAAGGUCUAGAAGGUCAAGAUCUAGAGAAAGGUUUUCCAGGGAUAGAUACUCGAGGGACAGGAGGUCACGAGAUAGGUUAAGGAGGUCAAGGUCACGGGGAAGGAGAUCUAGGUCAAGGGACAGAAUUCGCAGGUCAAGGUCACGAGAUAGAAGCAGGCGGUCAAGAUCUAGAGAUAGGUGGCGAAGGUCAAGGUCACAUGAUAGGGCUCGAAGGUCACGAUCUCGAGAUAGGAGGAGGUCGUAUUCAAGGAGAUCUAGGUCAAAAAGCCGUAGAUCAAAAUCGAGAAGUAGAUCAAGAAAAAUAUCUAGGUCAAGGUCACGAACGAAGGAGGACAACAAUAGGUCAAGAAAGUCGAGAAGUAAAUCAUCAUCUUCUAGAGCAAGUUCUAAGUCUUCAAGACGAUCUGCUUCCAAGUCAAAGUCGCCAGUAAAGGUGGUGAGAUCGUACAGACGGGAGGCAACCCCCAGCAGUUCUGACCUUAGUGAAGAUGAAAGCAAGGCGACUAGCGACAAGUCUUCUGACAAAUCUCCUGCCUCUCAAACAGGGGCGGGUCGUGGUCUGGUGCCGUACGGUAAACCUUCCAGCAUAUCUCAAGUGAAAUUGACACCGCAAGAGCGCCUCAAGAAGAGAAUGCAGAUCGCGCUGAGUAAACAAUACAAGGCAGAUAAGAAGGCCGAAGUCCAGAGACAUGAAAAGAUGGAGCAAGAAAAACUGGAUCGUGAAGAGGAGUUGAGGCUGCGUGCAAUGGAGAUGCGGCGUCGUGAGCGCGAGAAACGACACAGAGAACAGGAUGAUGGAGGGGACAGCAGCGACGAUGAUCGAAGCAGUCACGGGAGCACGCCAAGGCGACGGCGGAAAGACGAGGAUAGGUCUCCCCUUCCGAAGCAGUAUGCUCGCUCGCCUUCCAGGCGAGAAGGACGGGGCUCUCCUACUAGACGGGAGAAGAGAAAUAAUGGGACUCGUGGAAGUGAUGAUGAAAGGGAGAGUAGAAGGUCAAGAUCAAAGUCUGAGUCACCGGUCAAGAUGAAAAUUGUGGACUACUGAAUAGUGACAAGCUGACAAGCGGUAGUUUACUGCAAAUGGAAUGGUCACCGACCAAAGACGUGCUAAUUUGAUUUAAUGUUUGUAAAACUCCCAUAUGUGGAUGUAACAGAGGGCUUUAUAUUAUAACGAAACAAUGUGCAUGUUUUUUUUUAUUUAAAAAAGCUUAUUGUUUAGGUUGGAAAAAGAAUACAUGAAUUUAUGCAAGUUUCCAAAUCUCUGCUUUUUUGCUUGUGUGGGCUUUCUUUGAAUUGUAUGGACAUACAGUGACAAUGUUUUGCGAAUCGGGUUGUUCAGGUUAGAUAGGGUCAGACAUUUGAAAAAAUAUUUUCAUGUGAAAUCAUAAAUGUGAAUAAAAUGCUUGUAACAGUUAUAAAGAAUCAUCAAGGUCAAAUGAUAGCUCUUUAAAUUAAUUGACUUUAGGUUUGGUUUGACAUGGUUUUGUUGAAAUGAUUAUCUGCCAAUUGCUGUUUGGUUUUUGUUCUUAAAAGUAAGUUAAAUAAAUCAAAAUGAACAAAUCAUACAAAAACAAUGCCUUUAAGUUAUAGACAUAAAAAGGUGGCUUUGUUGUAGCCUUCAUGUCAUUGUCUUACAAAAAAAUUAAAAAACAUCACAAAAAUGUUGGCCAAAACUCUAAAAAUAUUAAAGAGUGGUUGCAUGAAACUUUGUACAUUCACAAUGACCAGAAACAUGUAGCAAGUCCAAUAACUUUUAAUCAAAUAGCUGUAGAGUUAUGCCCUUGGUAAACUGAGAAAAACAGACAAGAGAUGGCAUCAGUAUUCAGUGAGCUUGUUAAUGAAGAUUUAAUUGUUAAUGAGGACUAAAAUGUUCAUGCGGAUUUAAUUGUUCAUGAGGACUAAAAUGUCCAUGAGCAUUAAUGGUUCAUGAGGACUUAAUUGUUCAUGGGGACUUAAAUGUUCAUGAGGAUUUAAUUGUUCAUGAGGACUUAAUUGUUCAUGAGAACUUGAAUGUUUAUGAGGACUUAAAUGUUCAUGAGGACUUAUUUGUUCAUGAGGCCUUCAUUUUUCAUGAGGACUUAAUUGUUCAUGAGUAUAUGAAUUGUUUAUUAGCUUUUAAUUGUUUAAUAGUAUUUUAUGAGGAUUUACUUGUUUAAGGGUUGAUUUGGUUUUUCACGCAUAUGAUAUUUCUACAAACAUGAAACAGAUUCAGUAAUUUUUGUAGUAUGUAACGAGCCAAUUGUUCAGAAUUUUGUGAAAGUUAACAUGUUAACUUAAUUGUUGUUACCCUCCAAACUCCUAUUACUGUUAAAGUUUCGUAGGUGCACUUUUAAUACGUACAUGUAGUAACAUUUUACAAACUUGAGAUAACUGUUUCAGCUAUGCUUGUUUCAUUUAAAUAUAUGAGCGCAUGAUAAAAUAUUUCACCCUUGAAAAGUUAAAGAUGCACUUUUACUCGCAGUUAAGAUUUACCACAAUUAAUAAUAUUGUUUUAAUAUUCCAAAAUGAUGAAUAAAUGUCGUAAAGAAAGGUUCUUAUGAAGGAUACCGAGUUUUAUUUGAAAGAAAUGAGCAUACGACAUGGUAUAUCAACCUUAUGAGACUAUAUUAGACUACAGUAAAUCUUUUAGCAUUCACCAAUCAUUUAAUAUGUUAACGCUUUAAAUACACAGUUACAAUCAUGUUAUCAGCAAUUAAUAUUUGUCAUUUAUGCAUUUUUUAGUAAGUUGUUAAAGGUUUAUCAGUCAAAAAUGACGUUUGUUAUACAUGUGUAUGUAUUGAUUUUGAAUAAGAGUGUCACUUUAACUUAGGUGUGGUUAACAAGUUUGUUAACUUCAACAAAAGACAUUAACUUUAAUAAAAGUUCUGAACAAUUGGCAGAAUAUAAUAACCAAAAUAUUUUUCCUAACAAUUGGCCAAAUACUGAAUACUUGUUUCUUCUUUAAAACAUAUUAUUUUUUAUUUCAAUGUCUACAGAAUAUUAUAAUGAUGAAAAAUGGCAGUGUUCAAAGCUUACAUCUAGGUGGUCUAUCGAUAAGUAACAUAAAUAUUGGAAACUGUCGGUUAGUUUGACUGCGGAACAUGUAAAUGAAUUAGUAUUUCAAUUUUGUAAUUACUUGAAUGAAGUGUUUAGGUGUCACACCGAUCAUCAUUUAUUUGAAUGAUGAUUUGGAAUAGACAAAUAGAUUCUUCAUUUUGGCAGUGUUUUAAAAUUCAUGUCAGCGUCUUUAGUAUAGUCAUGAUUUUUGACAUGAAAUAGCAUAUGAAAAUUAAGCUGUUAGUAGGGUAAUGGCUAGAGGGUUAUUUAAGGGUGCUGCACCCUGUCCUAUUUUUGAAGCACCCUUCUGCCCUCAUGAAAACCAGAAUGUGCACCUUCCUGACUUCAAAGAAUUAAAUACUUAAGAUAAUCAAAUAUUUCUAUUGUUUUGAUUAAAAUUUGAAAUAUGAUAAUGAAUUCAAACAAACUUUACAUUUUGGUAAUUGUUGAAACCUAAUAUAACUUUAUAAUUUCUAAUAUUUUCUAUGAAAUACAUAAUGCUUUUAAAAGUUAUUCACUGCCCAGUUCAAUGUGACCUUUUGUCUCCUUUUCUGCAGCACCCUUUUCUUUUUAAAAAAACUCUGGCUAAAACCCUAUUGUUAGGAAUUAUAAAACUGCCUACUUACCCACACCAAAAAUGUGGUUAGAAAAACGCCGAACAAAUUGUUGCCUCAUACUUAUGAAAAUCUAUAGUGUAUGAAAGUGAGUUAUCUAUUCGAAAAAAGUGACAGUAAGUGAAUGAUUAAGGACGUGAACAAAUAUGUUUAGUUUCAAUAUGUUUGUAAUUGAUGUAGGCUGCUUUUGUUUGAUAUACAGAAAGAAUGAAUGAUUUUGACUGAAUUGUACAUUGUGUUAUGGGGUUAUGAGAAAGAUAUUUUGCAUAAAAUGUCAUACAUAUAUUUUCUCGCAUUUAGUUUUUAGCUUUGCAUAUAAUGCAUAGACAUACAUAAUUUGAAGCUUCCCUGGUUUGAAAGUAUUUCUGAACUAAAUUAUAUUUUUUUAAGCUCUUCAGAUUAAAGAUUGAAAAUAAUUGAAAAUGUUGUACAUACAUGAUAAGGAUGAGGAUUAAUGUGACUUCCAAGGGGUUCUCACAAGGGUCACCACGGGUCACACAUGCCAUAUUUCUGGGAGGCUUCCAAGGGGAUUUGGGUCUGAAUUCCAGGGGAUUUUGAUAUUACAACAGGGGAUUUUUUACCAGCGAAAUUUAGCACAAUAUCUACAUUUAUGAUAUUAGAAUAAAUACAGAAAUACACUCCAAUUACAAUAAUUUUUUGACAUAGUCAUCAUGGUCCUUCAUGGAAUUUCACACUCAUAAUAUUAUGGAUGCUUUCCACUGUCAACCUUGAUCUAGUUCUAAAAAAAAAAUUAAAAAAAAUUAAAAAAAAAAUAAAAAAAAUUAAAAAAAAUAUAUAUAUAUAAUUUAUAUAAUUAUAAUAUAUAAUUUGAUUCUAGGGGAUAUGGAUCCCCCAGCGGGGACCGGGGGAUGGGUCGGGAUUCCAGGGAAUUUUUGCCAAUGGCCAAAACCAAUGUAAACAAAUAAGGAAGUGACAUUAUUUUUUUGACAGAAAGAUAUGAAAAUAUUUCUUAGCCUUUAAAAGACUAUGCUAUUUUCUGCUUGUACGCAUGUGAAAUAUUUAAGAUUUAUCUUUCUUUUUUUGUCAAAAAAGUUACUUAAAAAUUUAUGUCACAUGUUUGUUUACAUGGGUUUGUGAUCCCUGGUGACCCAUGUGAGAACCCCUUUAAAGUCAUGUGAUUCCUCACUCUGAUUAUUAUACAUUAUAAUGUAUAUGGACAAUUGUUGCUGCUUUGAUAGUAUUUCUGUACUAAAUUAUUUUUAUAGCUUGUCUGACUUUGAAAAUGAAACUGAAAAUGUUGAUGUAUUGUUACAUGGUGUUCACAUGUAAAACUCUAACAUUGGGCAUAACUAAAAGACUGCUCAGAUAUGAAACAUGUUCAAAUCUUGGCAGUUACAAUAGCCUCAGGCAUAUGUGUAUCAAGGCUUUUAACUCUGGUUAUAAUAUUUGACCAGUUAUGCCCCUCUAUAAGAAAAAAAAGAGGAGUGUAAGCUUUCAAUUAGGGUACUCUUGUUAAGCAUAUGGCUAGGCUGAACUAUUGUUUUAUUGUAAAUACAUUACUAAACCAUGCUAAUGAAAUGUAAUUGUUUUUUACAUGGCUCGGUUUUACUUUUGUUUUAUUGUAAAACCAUUAUUAAACCAUGCUAAUGAAAUGUAAAUAAAAAUUAAAGCAUUA